AGUUUCCGUUAUCUCUUUAUCUCUCUCUCCUCUCUUUCUCUUCACAGACACAACAAACAAAAGAAAGACAGACAAAUAGAAAAAAAAAACCGCACGUUCCUUCUCGCGCGACGAAUCUGAUUAGGGUUUUUGAGAAUCUUUACAGCUUUUUGUGUUUGAAUUUGCGAUUUUGGAAUCAGCUGCAAGAGAUGAUUUCUGAUUCGAUCACCAACGCAUCUGCUUCUGCAGCCCCAAGCGCGAGGGACAUGGGGAAGAAGAAAAGGACCAACAGGGCGGCCAAAUUGAAACAGAGCAAGCUAGGUCUCCGCCGUGAGCAAUGGCUUUCUCAAGUUGCGAUGAUCAACAAAGGGGAUAAGGAGGAGACGGUUCCCAAUCGGAAAACCGUUGUUCAGAGAGAUCUUCCCGUUGAGAAGUUAAAUGAGCAGCGUGGAGAAGGAGAAGCACAUCAUCACGAGAGCUUUAUAGAGUCGCUUUCGAACAGCCCCAACAGUACCCUGAGUGGUAUAAACUCAAUCCCCAAUUUCUGCAGCGGCAGUAGCAGUGGGAGUGGUGGCUCUUGCUCUGGUAAUAUAACAGAGGAAGAGGAUGCUGCUGAUGAUGACGGUUGUUUGGAUGACUGGGAGGCUUUUGCUGAUGCUUUAGCAGCUGAUGAUGAAAAGCAUGAGAAGAAGAAGGAGAAUCCUCCUGAAGAGCAUGUGAGUGUCAAGCAAUCAGCUUCUCUUAGGGAUUCAGUCAGUGGAUCUAAUGUGGCUGUAAGGGAUGUGAAGCCGUCAAGGAAGCAAAAGAGCAACCAGGCGUGGAGGGCAGACGAUAAGCUCCGUCCCCAGGGUCUCCCUAAUUUGGGAAAGCAGCGUAGCUUUCCGGUCAUGAACUUGCAUUUUAGUUCUGCGGCGGUGCCAUCUUCAUGCCCCAUUUGCUACGAAGAUCUGGACUUGACAGAUUCUAAUUUCUUGCCGUGCCCUUGUGGAUUCCGGCUCUGUCUUUUCUGCCACAAGACGAUCUGCGACGGAGAUGGGCGUUGUCCAGGUUGCAGGAAGCCAUAUGAAAAGAACACAAUCAAGGUUGAGACCAGUGUUCAAAAUGGUGGUCUGACUAUUCGGCUUGCUCGUUCCUCUAGCAUGUUUUGCAGGUCAUGAAGUAAAGAGGAUGUGUCUUUUCCCAAACUGUGUCUGUUUGUCUUUUCUCUCACUUCGUCUUUUCUUUCCCUCGCAUGUUCUAUGUUUUUUUACAUGUCUUUAAAAACUCUUUAGAUAUGGGUAUAGGAUUUGUCUUUUGGCACCUAAGAACUAUGAUGUAUGUUCUUCUAUGUCAGUGACUCUUCUUCGUCUGAAACAUGUGUUGGUGGUGGUGGUGGUGGUGAUGUAGAGUGGUGUGUGUGAGUACAUAAAGUGGUACACGAACUUCAAAUACAUAAAGUUGCAAUAUGUCUCUUUUCCCUUGCCUCUGCUUAUCUGUAAUAUUCUAAAGGUUUAUACCUUCUGGUAUCUUAUUAGAAUGGACCACCAAUGUUAUAUUUUUUCUGCUUGAUU